CGUUAUGGUUACUUCCAGUUGUAGGCCUUUAACCCCGAAGAUAUAUAGCGCAAGCUGCCUUUGAUAGUAAACUCCUCGGCUUAGCUCGGGGUUCUUACUCCUUAAGGUCCUGAAGACAUGCAGCAGCCGCUUGCGGACGACUUAUCUUCCACUUCCUUCUCGAGCACGGAAUUGGACGUAAUGGACACCGCACGUCAGGAGGAGUACCUAAUCGAAAAGUAUGGCCGACUUUCACUUAAGCAACGAGCACUUAUGGGCAAGAAGCAAACACGGCGUUACUUUGAUUCGGCCGACUGGUCACUGCAGAAACAGGGCAAACUGGAACCAGACGUCUUCCUGGGAUUCGACUGCCCAAUCGACCAGCUCCCGGUAAAAUCGGAGCCAACUGUUCCGGGUCCACGCCAGCGGUCUGCAAUGGACCACGUUGGAUGGGCCGAACCCGCUGUGCUUCCAGCCAAUGCGGCUAGGAACGUCAUCGACAUUUAGGGAGCCUAAGUAGGGACUGGUGGGCUGGACAUACCCACCAUCACCAAUGUACUUCGACGCCAUUGCGCCGCUGUGAAGAAGAAGAAGAAGAAGAGAAGUUCAUGCAUGUGCGCCCGCGCUGGGGUGGAACAGAAUAACGCGCGUUAAGGUUUGGGGAGUUGGCAAGGUGCCCCCUGGCGCCCGAAGAGGGCUCUUUUGUGCAUCCAACAUCUUGCCAUGUUGACGUUGACUGCGUUGACGAGCAAGUGCCGGUACUAGGCCACGGCGGGAUGGCUUGUGGGGAAAAGCAGCGGCGCCGUAUGUGGGUGUCCUGCGCCUUAGUCCCUGAGUAGGUUGUGGAUAUUCUUGUUGGCGAGGGCUAUCGUCGCAGUGCCGGCCUGUUGUUACUCGUUUUUACGUUUUGGGGGCUGGGGACCUGCAUUUAACACAUAGCUCGAUGUGACGGGGCGGUGGCAGCAGGGUGCGCGAGAGGCAACUGGGGGACGGGACACCAACUAGGUUUGAAAAGGUAGGAACGAGACGUAGGGCACUACUAGCCUCGUACGUGAGCCUUAGAGGGCUGUCUCCUUAUGCAGGGUUUCCUGCUUGGUGCAAGGCCUGCGUCAAAGCAUUGAUGCUGUGGUGGGUGUUUCGGAUGCCGCGUGUCAAGGAUCCGACUCCUGUUGAGGGAAUGGAAAGGGGAAGGGCGGGGUUUUGGCGCUGCUGUUCCUGCCAGCCGGUGGCAUGGCGCUGCUGUUCCUGCCAGCCGGUGGCAUAGUAUUAAUAUGGGUCGGGUUGAGGACAUGCAUAGCUGUCGUAGCCUCGCAAUUGACAGUUACCUUACUGACUGGGAAGAGCGUCAUUGAUUUUAAGAACCAUCACAUCCACAUGUCUAGCGGGUUUUUCGGUGUACCUGACCUGCGUUAGAGGAACUCUGGGUUGUGCAGGGGCCGGGUGGAAGGAAGAAUAAAGUGGUGUUGAGUUUGACAUCGACUAUAUGCAGCUUUUGGCCUCGUGUGCCCAUAUGACCGCAGGUAAGACCUGUGUGAACGAAUGGAUUAUUGUUACAAUGGUUCCCAAGAAAGAAGGGAACACGGCUGUGGGCUUUUGACCCAAAAGCAGGGCCUCCCUAUGUGGAGGUCUUUUCCGGUGGCGUUGUGCGGCGCCGGUGAGCCUAAGAAUGGGUUGGAAGGGGGAGACGGUUGAUGCUUUUAUCAUGAUUGAUGGAGGGAUGUGGGAAGACAGCCUCUCCGUGUGGUAAUGAGGUGUACAACACACACGCCCGCAAGUCAUCUGGGGUUCUUCCUGCCCCGAGGCUGUGCGUUUCGGGGCCGUGGAAAGCCGUGCGAGUGCGCGCACACCGAUUGCUGACAUUGAUGGAGGUCCAGGGCCUGUUGCAAAUUCCGUAUGUGGGUAAAGGAUGUGUGAUACCAGGUUUCCUGGGUGGGGAUGUGUCUGCUACCGCCAGGCUCACUGCAUGACUGGGACGAACCCGUUAACGCAACACUCUUGUACCGACACUCGUUGUUACACGUGUGAUGACAAUGUUGGCAUGACUUGUGGAUUGGGAUGGAAUGGUGCGAUCACACUGUUUGUCGCUGUUAGCUUUUGUGCGCUUUUAGUUUUUGCGUUACGUAACCACUUGCUGCAUGCCGCCUCACUCUUGUACGCUCCUUACCGACCGGCCUAUACCUUAAUAUAGUAAUGAGCUAACUGAUGUGUACUGUAUAGGAUGCUCUUAACAUUGUUUAGCAUGCUAUGCGGCUGUCAGUCAUUGUUGCUUUGGCCUGUUUAAGCAACGUCCUGGUGAAUCUUGUACGUGAAAACCCAGCGAUGCUUCUGUACCGUUCAGGGGGGAUGUGUGUCCUGCUUAAGUAAUGGAAAACUGCUUCUGAGCCUUUUGAGCCAACACCGGUAUAUAGCUGCAAAACAC